AUGUCCAAGAAUUCCAGGAACGUUCAGACUCACUGGGUCCGUCCACAUCAGCCUGAGGGCUCCUCCCGAGAUCAAAUAUGGGCCCUCUCAGACUACGAUCACACCAUGCCGGCGUUCAACAUUCCGAUCGUCGCAGUGUACUCCUGUUCUCUCCGCGGAGCAGAAAAAGACUCUCUUAUUGAGACCCUGAAAGGUAGCCUUGAACAAACACUCGGUCAAUACAUACAAUUUGGUGGUAAGCUCCAGAUACACGAUGAGACGGGCCAGUAUACUAUCAAAACAUCCGACAAUGACGCCGUGGAACUCAGUGUCAAACACCACGAUGAUCCCGAUGAUGAUUAUGUACCAUCCUACGCCAGCCUUGAGAGGCAAGCAUUCCCGCCCAUGUUGCUGGACGGAAAGAAGCUUUUGCCAAGGAUCAUGACCGAGAAACAGACGCUCACCCAACAUGGAUACUUUGUUGAGGAUGAUGCACCUGUGGCAAUGUUCAUGGUUACAUUCAUCCGCGGCGGCUUAGUCUUUGGCAUCGGCCUGCAUCACCUGGCUACCGAUGUGUCAGGACUCGAUGGCUUCCUCCAGUCCUGGGCUGCGAACAACAGGAAUUUGAUGAAUGGGCUGGCCCUCGCGCCAUUUGACGACUCCAUUCUGGAUCGCGCACUCCUCACUCACGCUGGCUCUCCACCGGAUGAGAAUCAGUGGACGGAACUGGACCAAAAGGUGAAAUUUGUCAAACUUCUGGAUGAGAUUCCUCAGCCCCCGCCGCCAGACUUCAAGAUGCCCGACACCUCAGAAGUUCUCUUUCACUUCCCAAAGUCCAAGAUAGUUAAACUCAAAACAGCUGCAUCUCCGGCAGAUGCAGACGCUUGGGUGUCCUCCUACGACUCUAUCAUGGCACUGUGCUGGCGCUGCCUCACACGCGCCCGACAGUCUUCAUUCUCCGGAAACACAACCACUGCGUUGAUGCACGCUGUCAAUGGGCGCAAUCGCCUCAAGCCUCAGCUUGCGAAGUACUACAUCGGCAAUGUGGCUAUGCACGGCCGGCCAGAGCUGACCUUUGACGAAGUCGUUGCCCCGGAUGCCUUUCCCCGCCUUGCUGCGAUGGUACGCACAACAAACGUCGAGGUUGACGACGACCUUUACAAGUCCGCCGUGGAGUGGGUUGCCGGUGUCACCGACAAGCGACGCAUCGCGCUCAACAUGAACGCGUUCCUCGGCCCGGACGUGGCGAGCACUAGUUGGCAAGGCUUGUCGGCGCAUCAGACAUGGGACUUUGGUUUCGGGACACCAAAAGCCAUCCGUUGGCCGAAGCCAGAUAUUGAUGGAUUCGUAUUCUACUUCCCUGCUAGAAAUACAGGCGACCCUGACGAGGGCGUUGAGCUGGUUGUGUGCUUAGAAGACAGCGCAAUGCAGAAGUUGCUCGAGGACCAAGAGUGGCUGAACUACGCGGUAGUCAAAGGACCAAGGAGUUGUUUUGAUCUAGAUGUGGCCAGAGCUUGA